GGAUGAUAUCAUGCCGGUACUUCUAACGGCAUUUUGGUCACUCGAAGCCACGCGGAACCUCUAGCAAGCGGGCACACUCUUCCUGCGCAAGAUAUUGAUGAUGCUGCGAUCUUUCAACGUCACACAUAUGCACAAAGCUCAGGUGUGACCGACACGCCCCGGAUGCGUUGAGCACGGGGACUGGGGCUUGUUCCUGCGCUCGUCGCCGCCGACGCCCUGAAGCCCAUUUAACGUUUUGUACCUCAAAAGCGCACACAGUGCCGAAUUCCCUCAACCGCCAAAAUGUCCAGAGGCCUGCAGUUCACCGCAGUCGUGUUCUUGUCGUUGCUUCCCUCCGUGCUUAGCUUCUCUCCCAAUGGCUUGCACCAGGACGACACGGAUCCUAGCUUGACCAAAUACACGCUCUCGUCUCCAGAUAACAAAAUCAAGGCCAGUUGGAUGCCCUUCGGGGCCGCACUGCUCGAGUUCUUCGUUGAGGACAAGAACGGUGUCAAGAGGGAUCUGGUCAUGGGCUUUGACAAUCGGACGUUGUACACCGUCGUCCGCGGUCAGCUGGGGUCAGUCUUGGGCAGGUACGCGGGCAGGAUCAGGAACGGUACAUUUUCUGUCCCUCCGACUCUCAACACGACCAACUCCACGAGGACAACGCCCGACGACCGUCCCGUUAUGGUCUACAACGUCCCGCUGAAUGACGCGAGUGGUCGCGCAGCCCUCCAUGGCGGCCCAAUUGGCUAUGAUUUCCGCGCUUGGAACCUGAGCGCGGUUUCGAACCACUCAAUAACGUUCUCCCUUUCCGACCCGGAUGGGUUCUUGGGCUUCCCGGGCGCCGUGCAGACUAACGUCACAUAUUCACUCCUGAGCGGGGGCAAGUACUCGAUUGAUUUCCACUCGGAGGUCCUGCCAUACGCCAAUGGUACCCGGCCCGAGACUCCCAUUAUGCUGAGCACGCAUAAUUACUGGAACCUCGAAGGUUGGGGUGACUACAACGCAUCCGAUCCCGCUGCCACCGGCUCAGUCGCCGGCACCAACGGCUCACACAUCCUGCAGCUCGACGCGGACAGAAUUGUCCAAUGGGACGGCAUCGAAGUGGCGACCGGUCAGCUCAUCGAUGUCAACGGCACGCCUUAUGACUUCCGCAAGCCCACACGCAUCGGCGAGCACGUCGACGAAGCUGUGAACGGUUGCGGCACGGGGUGCACCGGCUACGAUAACUGCUGGCUCUUCGAAAAUCAAGGCUCGGAGCUUACGCACAAGGGCAGCUUGUACAGCCCCAAGUCAGGAAUAAGGAUGGACAUCGCGACGAACCAGCAGGCUAACCAGCUCUAUGCAUGCGAAGGUAUCGGUGCCGCUGGGCUUCCUCGCAAGGCUUCCCAAGGCGGUGGUGCCGCACACCCUGACGCGACUUAUGGAGAUCAGAGUUGCGUCGCGCUUGAACAAGAAUCAUGGGCCGAUGGAAUCAAUCAACCGGAGUGGCCGGUCAACCAGAUAUACGGCGGGAAGGAGAAUCGCAAGUAUUAUUGGCAGUCUGUCUACAGCUUCAGCGUCGUGUCGUCGUGAGUAGCAAAGGAGUCAUUUCCGAAGUUUGUAUGCUCUCAGGGCUCUCCAUCCGUAUGACAUGUUGCCAUCGCCGAAAGGCAUGAGCUACCACGACGCAUAGGUCUGACUUCAAGUUGCGUACAGUAAAUGCGUGCGAUUGGAAUAUGUGGUGCACUGGAACUAUUGUCGUUGCAUUAACAAACUCUAAGGCGGGUCUAGCAGAAAGCAGAUGUGUUAUGAGCAAGUACAGAACAUAUGCAUGCAACCCAAGAACACCAUACACGACUAGAUGAUAUAGCACAACAGAUCAGAGCAAAAAAAAAACUACAGCAGCGCAUACGUAGACAAUACAAUCCAAGGGGAACCUGCAGGUAGGUGACAUGGGGACGAGUUGUAUCAUAUCUCGUUAGAUUCUUCAUCAACGAUAGAGCCCUCUGCGUCCUCGUCUCCACUCUCGAUCUCGACAUCGACUUGCUCCCGAGGAGCAGCUUGACCAGUUGGUAGGGAUAAAAACUGCUGGACUUCCGACUCUGUAUGACAGUCGGGUUGGAGAGGACAGAAGGCUAGAGAUACACUCGUUUCUGGGUCCGGAGAGAUGUGCUUUGUUUCAGCUGGGUGUUCCAAAGAAGCGUCCAGGUUUUCAUCACUUGUCAGGUCGAAGUCCAUAGAGAUAUCAUUGCCAGGGAGGGCAUCUGGGUUGGGGUAGGGCGGGGGGUCCGAUGCGGGUACAAUCCCGGACGAGUCAUGGAUUGGCUCUGACGACAACGACUCUUGUAGGUCCGCGUUCGGGGUCAUCGAGGACGUUCGGGUUUUUUCAGGGAUCUCCUGUCCUGCAAAUUCGGACACAUCUUGACUGACCAACGUUGUGACGCCUGGUGAAUCAAGCAAAGGUGGAGGCGGGGGCUCUGGCGAUUGAUGCGGGACAGUUCCUACUGCAGGUUCGGCAGGUUGUGAAUCAGCGAUGACAGGUUGCACGUCUUCCACUUCUGGUGAAUGUGUUCUCGCUGGCGGGUCCACAUCCGCCAAGGUCACCUCCGCCGCCGGCGGGUUCGCCAUUAUAACUUCAGCAUCCAUCGCGGCAUCCACGACCCCCUCGACGUCAGCCUCCCCAACCGUUUCCUCCGCUGUGUCCGCAUCCGCUUCCACUGUAUCUCCCUCAUCGCCUCCGACGUUUGUACUCAGCUCGAUCUCAGGUGCGCUCGCAGGCUCGGGCUUAGGCUCCACCUCGACUCCCUCAACCUCGACUUCGGUCUCAGCACCCCUCUCCUUCCCUCUUCCCCUCCCUCUCCCCCGCCCACGGCCCCUCCCAGCGCCCCUCGGUCGCGAACCCUCGC